CCAGUCCACGUGUGUAGAAACUCACAUAUACAUCCACUCAGCACACGUAUAUCCUAACAACUCUAGUCUUCACACUCCCUCAAAGCCUUAAACCCCUCCUCCCAGAACCACAGUCUCGCCGCCGCAAAAAUGCAAGCCACCACGCUCACCACCACCCCCUAUCUCCCCACCCCACCAAAACCCCACCCAAGAUUCCCCAUCCGCUGCGUCUCCACCCAAUCCCCACCCCCCCAGACCACCCCCACCGACCCAUCUCUCAAACUCAACAAGUACAGCUCAAGAAUCACCGAGUCCAAGUCCCAGGGUGGGUCCCAGGCUGUUCUGUACGGCGUUGGCUUGUCUGAGGCUGAUAUGGAGAAACCCCAGAUUGGGAUUUCUUCUGUUUGGUAUGAGGGGAAUACUUGUAAUAUGCAUUUGUUGAGCUUGGCUGAGGCUGUGAAAGAAGGGGUUGUGGAGGCGGGGAUGGUGGGGUUUAGGUUUAAUACUAUUGGGGUUAGUGAUGCGAUUUCGAUGGGGACUAGAGGGAUGUGUUAUAGCUUGCAGUCGAGGGAUUUGAUUGCGGAUAGUAUUGAGACUGUUAUGGCUGCUCAGUGGUAUGAUGGGAAUAUUUCUAUCCCGGGCUGCGAUAAGAAUAUGCCAGGUACUAUCAUGGCAAUGGGACGGUUGAACCGGCCAAGUAUCAUGGUCUAUGGUGGAACUAUCAAGCCUGGUCAUUUUCAAGGUCAUGUCUUCGACAUAGUGUCUGCAUUUCAGGUUUAUGGAGAGUAUGUGAGUGGCUCAAUAACUGAUGAACAUAGGAUGGAUGUAGUGAGAAAUUCAUGCCCUGGUGCUGGAGCUUGUGGUGGGAUGUACACAGCAAAUACAAUGGCAUCAGCUAUUGAGGCAAUGGGAAUGUCUCUUCCAUACAGCUCUUCUACACCUGCUGAAGAUCCAUUGAAGUUGGAUGAGUGCCGCCUGGCUGGAAAAUAUAUUCUCGAUUUGAUAAAAAUGGAUUUGAAACCACGGGAUAUUAUCACUCCCAAAUCACUAAGAAAUGCAAUGGUGAUUGUCAUGGCCCUUGGAGGGUCCACCAAUGCUGUUCUUCAUUUAAUUGCUAUAGCAAGGUCUGUUGGUUUACAACUAACACUGGAUGAUUUUCAAAAGGUUAGCGAUUCAGUUCCAUUUCUUGCGGAUCUUAAGCCCAGUGGCAAAUAUGUGAUGGAAGAUGUACACAAGAUUGGUGGAACACCUGCAGUCAUCCGCUACCUUUUAGAGCUUGGACUUCUGGAUGGAGAUUGUAUUACUGUGACUGGGAAAACAAUGGCUGAAAAUGCGAAGCUGUUCCCUUCUUUAGCUGAAGGCCAGAAAGUUAUUAGACCAAUCACGGACCCCAUUAAGGAAACCGGUCACCUACAAAUUUUAUAUGGAAAUCUUGCACCUGAGGGUUCUGUAGCAAAAAUAACUGGAAAGGAAGGGUUAUACUUCUCUGGGCCUGCUCUUGUAUUUGAAGGAGAAGAAUCUAUGAUUGCAGCUAUUACAGAAAAUCCUUCAAGCUUUAAGGGAAAAGUUGUUGUAAUUAGGGGAGAGGGGCCUAAGGGUGGACCUGGCAUGCCUGAAAUGCUGACACCAACCAGUGCAAUAAUGGGAGCUGGACUAGGAAAGGAAGUAGCGCUGUUAACCGAUGGAAGGUUUUCAGGAGGUUCACAUGGAUAUGUUGUGGGGCACAUAUGCCCUGAAGCACAGGAAGGUGGUCCAAUUGGUCUUGUUGAAAAUGGUGACAUCAUCACUAUUGAUAUUAGCAAGAGGAGAAUGGAUGUGCAGUUAAGUGAUGCUGAGAUAGAGGAGCGGAGAAAGAGAUGGGCCCGCCCUGCAUACAAGGCCGAGAGAGGUGUUCUUUACAAGUACAUAAAAAACGUGCAAUCGGCUUCAAAUGGAUGUGUGACUGAUGAGUAAUGACAGCAAAUCAUGAAUUGCACUGUUAUAGAGCAAUGAAGCCCGUUUUCCUACAAGCCACAAAUAGGCAUCUAUCAGGGCUGUCGGUUGAUACUUACAUGGAUUGUACUCUUUUACUCCUUGGCAUAGGUUUAGACAUGUCUGUGUUUUUCUGGUUGUAACAUUUGAGCCUAGUUCAAUGUUGUAUAAUAAUAUUUCCUGACCUUUUCGUUUGUGGAAACUAUGUUUCGUUGUCAGGGAUCGGUAAAUUGUAUGCGGGAAUAACCUUUCUUGUUAGAAAGUAUAAUGAUCAUAUUGAUCAUUUAGGCCUUUACUUGUGCCAUAAUAAUGACAUGCAGUUCUCCGGA